AGGCGUAUAUGAUUGGUCACAGGUUGAACAAAAUGGACGCCGAUCGCAAUGGAACUUUGAUAGAUAAUGCAGAGUCUGAAAAAGAAGUUAAUGGUAAAGAAGAAGUGGUAGAUAUGUUGGAGAGAUUAUCGAAGGAUUAUUCGAGUUAUCUUGAAAUCGAUGCGUCUAAAGAGAAAAAUAAAUUUGGUGAAACCAUUGAAGAUAUGCUGACGAAAUUGGAUGAAUUUGGUAGUCUUGUCGAUAUGAUUCGCAGUGACUCCACUCUGUGCCUAACUUCCACAUUACCAAAGAUACAGGGCAAGCAGGCUGAGAUCCAAGCUAUAUUUGAUAAGAUCGACAAACUUGAGGCAUUUGUAUCAGUGGUACGUGACAACAUUGGAACGAUGGAGGAGUGUGUCAAUAAGGCAGAGGAUGAGAUGGGCUCAUUUAGUGGUCUCAAGAAAAUGCUCUCCUCGUUUGUGAGUCCAAAACGUUCACAGACCAAAGACAACCGGACUCUGUCAUUCACCCCUCCGGAAAUAUUUCGAACAGAGGGCUAUUUUCCCAAACAACCAUCACAAGAGGAUGGACAAGGAGAGGGUGUUGAUGGUUUGAAACCAGACAGAAAUAUUAAACCUGAGGAGUCGACAGUUUCCUGAUAUUAAGAGUGUUAGUAUUUAUAGGAACAUUUCAUGCUAUGGUUUGUGAGUGCUAUGUUGAGGAGUGUGAGUGUUUGUUGACAGAGGUGCUUGUUGAUGCUAUCAUAUAAAUUCCAGGUAAUAUUACUGUUAUGAGGUACAUGUACAGGUAUUAUCAGAGUAUAAUUGAUCAAUAGGUCAAUGAUUAUUGAAUUUUUGUGUUUAACUGCUUCAAAUUAUUAUGUGUCAUUUUGGAAAAACCAAUAAAAUUUAAUUACAAUGAUUAUGACACCAUAUCCAGAAGUUUGGUACAACAAUGCUGUCUUUUUUUUUGCUCUGUAUUAAGGUAAAUUUAGAAUUUUUGGAUUUUUUUUUUUUUCAAUUAAGGUAUAUUGUAUUGUUAAUAAAAUAUUAAGUGUACAUUGUCAUAUGAACCUAUAUGAACAUUAUACCACUUAAGUUUAAGCUUUGUCUUGUGUCACAUCACAUUCACCGCCAUCAAACAACCAUUGUACAAUAUAUAUAUUGCUGUGCUGUCUUGCUUUAAUAAGUGGCAUUGUAAAAUGAUCUUAUACAAUGUAUAAAACAAAUACUACCCGGGGUCUCAUAGUGUGUGUAGUAAAUAUACACCACUAAAGGAUAUAUUGGCGCUUGCUUGAUAACUAAUUUGAACCUUCCUAUCAAUCUGUAUACAGUAUAGUGUUUUAGUUUUGGCCACAUGCUUUCCUCUCCAAAUAAAAGCUAAAGUUAAAUCAUGACAUGUAGUAAGACUACGAUGAUACUUACAAUGUCUAAAAUGUUGGAUUUCUAAACUUACAACUCUUGAAUACUUCAAUGUUCCACAUGUAUAUACAAAUAUGUAUAUGUAUUUCUUGCUAAUUUCAUUAGCCCACCAUGUGAUGAUGGUGGCUUGUUCAAAAAGCCCUUUGUCCAUAGUCUGUUGACAGUCCUUGUUAUAACUACCUGGAAUUUCUUUAGUACCAGCAGGAUCUCGCUCAAAUUUUAUUUGGACAUUUUCCUUGGUCCCUGAGUGUGCAGGAUCAAUUUUGAGAUUAUCCAAAAACAAAAUGGCCAGCAGGUUGUAAUUUUAAAGUUUUAACAAUUGAAGUUUGUUACAUCGUUACUUCUCAUAAAGUUCUUUAUGUUCAAUUUUGAGACUGGUCAGGAAAAAAAAUACCGGUAGUCGACAGGUUUGAAUUUUAAGAGUACAACUUUGUUGUCACUAUUUUUCAGAAAGCUCGGUAUAAAUGUUUCUCCAUAUUUAUAAGUUCCUUUUGUUUGAUAGCUAUUUUUCCAUGUUCUUGUUGGAUAUUUCUUAUACAUAUUUCAUAUGUAGGCUCCCCUUGAUCUCAAUUAAGAGGAAAGGAGGAAGAUAAGAAUAGUAGAGAAAUGAUCAGCAUUAAUACCAUUCAGUGGUGGGAGCCAAGGUCCGUCUGUGAUAUCUUGUUAAAUAUGUCUCUGUGAUGAAGGUAUUAUACUAAUGUUGGAAAGUAUAUUGAUUGUAAAUGAUAUACACAUCAAACUAAUGAAAGUCAGCCGUUAAAACCAGAUAGCUUUAAAUGACGUAGACUGUAUUGGUACUUUCCAAAUUGUUACACGAGAUUAACAUUUACCACUAUAAAUCAUUGGGCACACUUGAUUUGGGUAUGUCUUUUGUGCUGCCUGCCUGUCUGUUUUACCCACAGCAAGUUACAUUCAAGCAAGAUGGUACCAGUGUAAAAUGGUCAAGAAUGACUUUCAAUCACAUAUCAAUAAAGAAUUCUCUGUAUCUAAAGCGUGUUCCAACACAUGUUCAAUUGUUCUAUCAUUGCGAAGCAAGAACCAUUCAGGAUUUAUCAAAAUACCUCAAUUUUAUUAAAGUAUCUUAUAACCAUAUUAUAGUGCAAUGGAAUGAGUACCUCAAAUCCUCCAGAUCUUUAUUCCAUACAGUCUUUCUUGUACAUUUCUUUGCUUGAUAUAUAUGGAUCAAAUAUUUCAAUUGUUUCAAUUCAUCAUGUUGGAACUAUAGCAGACAGAUUAACGAACUAUUCUAUGUGUAAAUCAAAUAAUUAAGUUUGGUUGUCAGCAUUGGUGUUGGAGAAAAUGACAUAAUAGUUGAACUGUGGUAACCAUUUGAAUGCUAAAAAAUGUCCGUGUAAUAUACAAUUUUAUUACACUUGUGCAAUAUAAAUGUCAUAAACUGAUUAUAUUAUAUAAAGUUAUUAAAUCUUC